AUGGAAUUCAUAGAAACUUUUCCAUAUGUUAUUCGUUACAAACAAGGUAAGGAAAAUGUAGUAGCAGAUGCAUUGUCGCGAAGGUAUGUGCUUUUAACUACUUUAAGUGCAAAAUUGCUUGGUUUUGAGUACACUAAGGACAUGUAUGCUAAUGAUUCUAAAUUUUCCAACAUUUACAAUUCAUGUCAUAAGGGGGCUAUAGAUAAGUUAUUUAAGCAUGAGGGGUACUUGUUUCGGAAAAACAAAUUAUGUGUUCAUAAUUGCUCUAUGCAUGAAUUAUUAGUUAGAGAAGCACAUAGUGGGGGUCUAAUGGGUCACUUUGGGAUAGCAAAGACUUUAGAAAUAUUAACUAAGAAUUUUUAUUGGCCUAAAAUGAAAGUUGACGUGGAAUGA